CGGAAGAUGGCGGCGGCCGGGGACAGCGCGCACAGCUCAGGCGUGAGGAGGAGACGUGUGGAUCCGAGCGGGACAGAGACAGAGACGCGUACCGAGGACAGCGAGCUCAAAGAUGUUACAGAGGACAGCGGCGGAGCGGGGACAGAGGACAAAAAGGUCCGGUGCGUGCGGCCCGGGACGUACUGGCUCACCCGGAUAGUGCUGCUGCGCGCUGUAGCCUUUAUUUACUUCGUAGCCUUCGCCAUCGCCCUGAACCAGAACAAACAGCUGAUCGGCGAGCGUGGCCUGCUGCCCUGUAAGACCUACCUGAACAGUGUGAAGAGAUACGUCGGGGGCAAGAUCGGAUCGGCCGCCCUGGCGUACACCCCCUCCCUCCUUUGGUUCAUGGACUGGACCAACAUGGACGCCAACCUGGAUGCCCUCGCGCUGGUGGGCAUGGGUCUGUCCGGCCUGGUCCUCCUCACCGGGGCGGCCAAUAUGGUGGUGAUGGCGACGCUGUGGGUGCUGUACCACUCGCUGGUCAAUGUGGGGCAGCUAUGGUAUUCGUUCGGCUGGGAGAGUCAGCUGCUGGAGACUGGGUUCUUGGCCAUCUUCCUGUGUCCUCUGUGGAGUUUCUCCCAGAUGCCCCGCCGCUGCCCCCCCUCCCUCAUCUGUGUGUGGACCUACAGGUGGCUCAUAGUGCGCAUCAUGCUGGGAGCUGGCCUCAUUAAAAUCCGAGGUGACAAAUGUUGGCGGGACCUCACCUGCAUGGACUACCACUACGAGACCCAGCCCGUUCCAAACCCGAUGUCCUACUACAUGCACCGCUCCCCCUGGUGGUUCCAUCGCUUCGAGACUCUGUCCAACCACUUCAUCGAGCUCAUCGUGCCGUUCUUCACCUUCAUGGGCCGAAGGAUGUGCAUGGUCAACGGGGCCUUACAGAUCCUCUUUCAGGUAAUCUUGAUCAUCAGUGGGAACCUGAGUUUUCUGAACUGGUUGACCAUCGUUCCCAGUCUGGCCUGUUUCGACGACGCGUCUUUGGCCUUCCUGUUUCGAUCUGGAGGCAGAGCCAAGAAAACUCUACUGGAGAUACAGAAAGAGACUGCAGCCCGACGCACACCACAGCCCACGAAAGGUAUGCUGAUUCGCAGAGUGGUUAACAUCUCUCUGGGCAUUCUGAUCAGCUUUCUGAGCGUUCCCGUGGUGAUGAACCUGGUCAGCUCCAGACAAGUGAUGAACACCUCGUUCGACCCGCUGAGAAUCGUCAACACGUACGGAGCGUUUGGGAGUAUCACGAAGGAGCGCACGGAGGUGAUCAUCCAGGGCACGCUGGCCGCAGACCCCAAAGACCCCAACGCCGUGUGGGAGGAGUACCAGUUCUUCUGUAAACCUGGCGACCUCUACAGGCGACCGUGUGUCAUAUCACCCUACCACUACAGGCUCGACUGGCUCAUGUGGUUCGCUGCUUUUCAGACCUAUGAGCAGAACGAAUGGGUCAUCCACAUAGCGGGCCGUUUGCUCUCCAACGACAGCACCGUGCUCUCGCUGAUGGACCACAAUCCAUUUGAAGGCAGAGAGACCCCCAGAUGGGUCCGAGGAGAGCACUACAUCUACAAGUUCAGCAGACCGGGCAGCGCCAGCGCGGCACAGGGGAAAUGGUGGAUCAGGAAGAGGAUCGGACCCUACUUCCCCCCGGUCGACCUGGAGGGACUCAGGGGCUACUUCCAAUCCCGGAACUGGCCCCACCCACAUAUACCCACAAACAGGAGCUAGAGAGCACCCUGCCCUGGCACCUGCUACAUGACCAAGACAUGCUGUUACUUCUGAAACUGUAGUCAAGAAACUGUAAUCAAAGGGAUUCUUAAUGGACUGAAUUGCCAAGAAAAAAGCCAAAAAUGUGAAUAAUUGUUUUAUUAUUAAAAUGUGUUGAAAAUGGUUAAGAAAAUAAACACAACUUUCUGUAGCUUU